AUGAAAGGCUACCAAUUCUCGUCGCGCCCCGUCGCGAACCCAGAGUCCGUGAUCCAAGGCCCGCAGUACCGGUUCACCGUUCUGAGCGACGCACUGAUCCGGUACGAAUGGGCACACGACGGAGUCUUCGAGGACCGGGCGUCGACGUUCGCCAUCAACCGGGACCUACCGACGCCCAAGUUCCAGAAGAUUGAGCGUGACGACGAGCUCGAGAUCAUCACCGACCACUUCCACAUCAGCUACGACAAGAAGCGAUUUUCGCCCAGCGGCCUGCUUGCGAGCUUCUCCGCCAAAAUCACCCUCUGGGGCGCCCAGUGGCGGUAUUCGGAUGACGUUGAGGCGUUGAAUUUUGCCAAUUUGGGGGGCACGGCAAGGACGCUGGAUGAGGCGGAUGGGAAGAUCCCGCUUGGUGUCGGGGUGUUGUCCAAGUUCGGGUAUGCCGCUAUCGAUGAUAGUAAGUCGAUGUUGUUCGAUGGGAAGGGGUUUGUCGCGGGGAGAUUACCUGGGGACCGUGUCGAUGGGUAUCUCUUCGCGCAUGGACAUGAUUACAAGGGUGCGAUUAAAGCGUUGUACUCCCUGAGUGGGAAACAGCCACUUUUGCCGCGCUGGGCGCUCGGCAACUGGUGGAGUCGGUACUAUCGCUACGAGCAGCAGGAGUACAUUGAUCUGAUGGAUUCGUUCAAGGAGAAGAAAAUCCCCCUGUCCGUCGCCGUCAUCGAUAUGGAUUGGCAUUUGGUCGCAGACGACCGUGUGCCUCACGCCGGCUGGACCGGAUACACGUGGGACGACAAAUUGUUUCCAGACCCGUUGAAGUUUGGCAAAGACCUGCAUGACAGAAACCUCAAGAUCACACUGAACGACCACCCGCACUCGGGCGUGCACCACCACGAAGACGCGUACGAGGAGAUGGCGAAAUUCCUGGGCCAUGAUACCUCACGCAAAAACCCGAUCCUCUUUGACCCAACAAGUCCCAAAUUCAUGGAGGCGUACCUGUCCAUCCUGCACCGCAACAUCGAAAACGUGGCUUGCGAUUUCUGGUGGAUCGACUGGCAGCAAGGCGCGCAUACGAAAGUCCCCGGCGUGGAUCCGCUGUGGCUACUGAAUCAUUUCCAUUUCCUGGACAAUGCGCGCGAUGGCACGCAGCGGCCGUUGAUCUUCUCACGAUAUGCAGGACCGGGAUCACAUCGCUACCCUGUGGGAUUCUCCGGCGAUACCAUCACCACAUGGGCGAGUCUGGCGUUCCAGCCCGAGUUCACAGCCACAGCGAGUAACAUCGGCUACGGCUGGUGGAGCCACGAUAUCGGUGGGCACAUGGGUGGAACCAGAGAUGAUGAACUCGUGACCAGAUGGGUGCAGUUUGGGGUUUUCUCGCCUAUCAUGCGGUUGCAUUCCUCGAACUCACAAUGGACGUCCAAGGAGCCGUGGAAGUAUCGCAAGGAGUCGGAGAUUGUCAUCGAGGAAUUCAUGCGGUUGAGGCAUCGACUCAUUCCUUACCUGUACACUGCGAACGUGCUCGCCGCCACAAAAGACGAGACGCUCGUGCAGCCGAUGUAUUGGUCCUUCCCCGACAAGGAAGAGGCGUAUCAAGUGCCGAAUCAGUACUAUUUUGGUGCAGAUCUACUGGUUGCGCCGAUUGUGACGCCGAGAGACAAGCGGACGAAUCUGGGCGCGGUAAAAGUCUGGCUGCCGCCGGAUUCGGGCCGUUGGGUGGAUAUCUUCACUGGAACGGUCUACGAUGGGGAGAGGGAGCUGAACAUGUAUCGACCUCUGCAUGAGAUUCCUGUUCUGGCUUCCGAAGGCAGCGUCAUUCCUUUCGAUGCGGAUUCCGCUCCCAUCAAUGGAGGUAAAAACCCUGAGAGGUUUGAGGUGCUGGUCGUGGUUGGCAAAGAUGGACAAUGCAGUGUUCUUGAAGAUCCUGCAGAUGACACCACCGAAGUGGAGAAGAAAGCUCCCGAGAGUGGUGAACGCGGUAGCUUGAUCCAGUUGGAUCAGAAAAAGGGAACACUUACAGCACACGUCACGGGCAGGACCUGGAGUUUCCGCUUCCUUGCACUUGCAGACAUACCCAAGAGUUUCAAAGUCGAAGUCGACGGGAAAGACGUGACGAAGGAAUCCAGACCACACGUGGAGUUGUUCCCACAAAUACCGUCCUUGGUCGUGUCGGUGCCUACAUCAUCAACAUCGUCCAAAGACUCGGACAAGAAGUCCACAAUCACCAUCUCGCUCGGCGCAGACCCGCAACUCGGCGUGCACGACCACAAACCACGCAUCGAGCGAAUGCUGCUCGACUACCAGACGGAAUUCGACAUCAAAGACCGCAUCUGGAGUAUUGUGGAUGACCGCAAGAGCGCGAUCAACGUCAAGAUGGGCAAGCUCAUGAGCUUAAGUAUUGACGAGCGCUUCACUGAACCAAUUGCUGAAUUGAUCCUGUCGGAUCACAGGGGUAUGCAUUUGUAG